CUGGAAUAGCAGCUGGGGAGGCUACCUUCUCUGUGGGGGCGCGGCAUCCUCUUUGGCUCCCUAUCGUUUGUCUCUGUAGCCUAUGUACCGGGAGGACGGAGGGUUUGGGUCACGGAGCACUCCCCCAUCCACAGCGGCGGAGAUGGCGGACCCCGCAGCGCAGACCACCAUCAAGGUUGUAUGCCGUUUCAGGCCGCUGAACAAAUCGGAGUUGGCUCGGGGGGACAAGUACAUCCCGACAUUUCAAGGGGAUGACUGUGUGCAGAUUGCGGGUAAACCGUACUACUUUGACCGUGUGUUCCAGUCCAAUACAACUCAGGUUCAGUUCUACAACGCUGUGGCUCAGCAGAUUGUCAAAGAUGUGUUAGGGGGCUACAACGGGACAAUAUUUGCCUACGGGCAGACAUCCUCUGGUAAAACACACACAAUGGAGGGAGAUCUCCACGACCCAGAGAUGAUGGGAAUCAUUCCCAGAAUUGUUCAAGACAUCUUCAACUACAUUUAUUCCAUGGACGAGAACCUGGAGUUUCACAUCAAAGUUUCAUAUUUUGAAAUCUAUUUGGACAAAAUCAAGGACUGCUUGGAUGUGUCAAAGAUCAACCUGUCUGUACACGAAGAUAAAAACAGGGUGCCCUAUGUCAAGGGGUGUACCGAGCGUUUUGUGAGCACUCCUGAGGAGGUCAUGGAUGCCAUAGACGAAGGCAAAAACAACAGACAUGUGGCGGUCACAAACAUGAAUGAACACAGUUCCAGGAGUCACAGCAUCUUCCUCAUCAACAUCAAGCAGGAAAACUCUCAGACUGGACAGAAAUUCACCGGCAAGCUCUACCUCGUCGAUCUGGCUGGGAGUGAAAAAGUGGGUAAAACGGGAGCGGAGGGCACAGUGCUGGAUGAAGCCAAGAUGAUCAACAAGUCCCUGUCUUCACUGGGAAAUGUCAUUUCAGCUCUGGCAGAGGGUUCGAGCUAUGUGCCGUACAGAGACAGUAAGAUGACCAGGAUCCUGCAGGACUCCCUGGGAGGGAACUGUCGGACCACCAUGGUCAUCUGCUGCUCCCCUUCUGCUUUUAACGACGCUGAGACCAGGUCCACACUGCUGUUUGGACAGAGGGCAAAGACCAUCAAGAACACGGUGAGUCUGAAUGUGGAGCUGACGGCGGAGCAGUGGAAAAAAAAGUGGGAGAAGGAGAAGGAGAGGAACAAGACGCUGAAAAACACCGUCACCUGGCUGGAGGCCGAGCUCAACCGCUGGAGGAGUGGAGAGAGUGUGCCAGUGGAGGAACAGUUUGAUAAAGAAACGGCCAAAGCAGAGGUCCAGGCCCUGGACAGUGCUCUCAGCAAUGACAAGACAGCACCCACACCUGCCCUCAGCACCCUCCCUGGAGUCAAACUCACAGAUGCAGAGAAAGAGAAAUAUGUUGCAGAAAUGGCCAAGCUUUACAAAGAGAUGGAUGACAAGGACGAAGAGAUCAACCAGCAGUCUCAAAUGAUGAUGUCGUUGAAGCAACAGAUGCUGGACCAGGAGGAGCUCUUAGCGUCCUCCCGCCGGGACCACGACACCCUUCAGACGGAACUCAACCGGCUGCUGUCGGAGAACGAAGCCUCCAAGGAGGAGGUGAAGGAGGUGCUGCAGGCCCUGGAGGAGCUGGCGCUCAACUACGACCUGAAGAGUCAGGAAGUCGAGGACAAGGCGCAAGAGUUUGAGGCUCUCAGUGAGGAACUGAACGAGAAAUCGAGCUCCUUGGCCUCCAUUGACUCUGAACUCCAGAAGCUGAAGGAGAUGACCAACCACCAGAAGAAGAGGUUCACUGAGAUGAUGUCAUCACUACUCAAAGACCUGGCCGAGAUCGGCAUCGCCGUGGGGAGCAACGACAUUAAGCAACAAGAGAGCAGUGGUCUAAUCGACGAAGAGUUCACGAUGGCGCGUCUCUACAUCAGCAAGAUGAAGUCGGAGGUGAAGACGAUGGUGAAGCGCAGCAAACAGCUGGAGAGCUCCAAGGCCGAGAGCAGCCAGAAGAUGGAUGAGACGGAGAUGGAGCUCGUUGCCUGCCAGCUCCGUGUCUCCCAGCAUGAAGCUAAAAUCAAGUCCCUGAUGGACACCCUCCAGAAUGUGGAGCAGAAGAAAAGACAUCUGGAGGAAACGGUGGACUCUCUCAAUGAGGAAAUCGUCAGGAUCAAAGCCCAAGUUUGUCUCCUUCCAGAGAAAGUCAACACCAUGGAGAGGGAGAAUGAGAUCCAGUCUGCCUAUGAAGUCAAGGAAGCUGUGGAGAUGCAGAUCCAGACCCACAGGGAGAACCAUCAGAAACAGAUCAGCAGCCUGAGAGACGAGCUGGACAACAAGGAUAAACUCAUGACAGAGCUACAGGAUCUGAACCAGAAGAUCGUGCUGGAGCAGGAGAGGCUGAGGGUGGAGCACGAGAAGCUCAAGGCUGCCGACCAGGAGAAGAGCCGCCAGCUGCAGGAGCUCACGGUGAUGCAGGACAGGCGGGAGCAGGCCAAACAAGACCUGAAGGGACUUGAAGAGACUGUGGCCCGAGAGCUGCAGACACUCCACAACCUCAGGAGGCUUUUUGUCCAAGACUUGUUCACUCGAGUCAAAAAGAAGGCUCAGGUGGACUCAGAUGACAUAGAGGGCAGCGCUGCCCAGAGACAGAAGAUCUGCUUCCUGGAGAGCAACCUCGCGCAGCUCACCAAAGUUCACAAGCAGCUGCUACGGGACAACGCUGACCUCCGCGGCGAGCUGCCUAAACUCGAGAAGCGCCUGCGGGCCACCGCUGAGCGGGUCAAAGCCCUGGAGGCGGCUCUGCGGGAGGCCAAAGAGAACGCAGCUCACGACCGAAAGCGCUACGAGGAGGAGAUGGGGCGCAUUAAGGACGCUGUCAAGCCCAAAAACAUGGGCAGGAGAGCCUCCAUAGCCAAGCCCAUCCGGCCAGGCCAGCUGCCGGCAGCCUCUCCCUUGAACCCCAGCGUCAACAGGUCCAACCUCAUCCAGAACAUCCUGCCAGCCGGCAUCAAGGGAGGAGGCAACAACAGCCCCUGAGGAUGAAGCCCAACAAACAGCUAGCCAAAGCUUCAAACCCAGAGACCUUUUCAUUCCCAAAUACUGAACUUUCACAUGGAACCACUGCACCCUUCUGCCAACAUCAAAGUGUGUACAUAGAAGUGUGUACAUAAGAAUGGCAUGUACUGUUCAGUCCUUCAAGCCUCUGGCUCUGUAAGACAACCGGACCUUAGUGCCUCGCAAAUUUAACACAUUAUGUCACAGGGG